GUUCCAGUUCACCAGCAGGACAGACACACCACUGCAGCGCUCCGCUACACUUCUCGCUCCUCGUAUCUUUCCUUAAUAAGCAGGGAGGCUGGAGAUGCAGCAGUAUUGCUGGGAUUGUUGCGUCCUGGGAGUUACCAGAAGAAAAACCACUUGAAAUAAGAUACAUAAUGUCAUCACCGUGCAGUCUUACACCAGACAGUCCCAACAAAGGGUUCCUUCUUCAGAUUCCCUCACCUAUCAUCACGAGACGUAACCGAACCAAGUCUACGACAGAAAUAGCCAGCAGCAACCCUGAGGUGAAAGGCAAAGUAAAAUACUUUUGCCGCACUAAAGGACAUGGCUUCAUUAUUCCAGAUGAUGGCUCAGAAGACAUUUUUCUUCACAUUUCUGACAUUGAAGGAGAGUACGUUCCUCAGGAGGGAGAUGAAGUGACGUACCGCUUGUGUCCCAUCCCUCCUAAAAGAGAAAAAUGCCAAGCCACGCAUGUGCGUAUUAUUAACUUCACCCCUGAAGUGCAUCAUCGCUGGGACUGCAAACCUGAAGAGGAAAAGCAUUAGGAUCCAUGCAACUCACUAACAACUGCCAAUAUCAGUAUGGUUAUGUAUGUGAUCUUUGCUUUAACUGUAUUUUGCUGAUGGUAAAGUGUAACUGAUUUUAAAUCAUUUUGUUGCAAUGUAGGCCGGCAAAAACACACACACCCUAAAGAUUGAGUCGGAAGUCAAUUGAGCCAUGCCAGGAGUGCCAGAAAACCUGCCUGAUCUGCUGGGUGCAUACAAACAUGCACACUCAGUAUUUACUGCACACACAUUAAGGCAAUAGAUAUAUCUGAUAUAAUUAUGAACCUACAAUAUUAAUGACAGUUAUAAUGUUGAAGUUUGAUGGUGGUCAUUGUAUAAAAAUGUUUACAUGUUACGUAGAAGUAAUUUCAUCAGUAAUAAUUACAUUUCAAUGCCACACUACCACUGUUGUUAGUAUUAUCUGUGACUCAUUAAUUAUUCAUUAUUAAUCCUAAUACUCAACAAUGAUCUUGAAUGGCUGUUCUUGUAAACACUUACCCCUGUUUUAUUGCUUUUACUAAAGCUACAUUAUACAUUGUUUUGUUACAACUAUAUUUGUAUUUGUGUACAGUAUAUCUAUGUAUAUGUAAUGCCUUUUGACCAGUUGGUCAAACAAGGAGAAAAUAAAAUCUAGAGAAUUCUCUCAUGCAUUGAUAAAUAUAUGGUAUUUUAUGAAUUAACAGGGUACAGGAAUUUUAAGUGUUUUUACAUAAACUUACACAGUAACAAUUUAAACUCAACUUUGGCAAAAUGAUUGUGGCUUUAUAAGCCAGUAUUGCAAGCUCUCUCUGAUAACAGCGAUUCCUUGAUUUAACAUAUUGAUAGGGGGAGUGAAUGUUCUUUAAAAGUCAAUAGUCCAUUAAAUUCUAAGGAUGAAAUUGAUUUUCCACGAUUGUAAAAUUAACAGAUAAUUCUCAAUUUGUUAAACCCAAAAGUCAGUUUACCCAGCAGAUCACAACAGUAACAGAUAAUUCUGGAUUUAACAGACUGUAUUAAAUCUGAAGUAAAUCUGUCCAGUGGAUCAUAGCAUUAACACAGUUCUGGGUUUAAUGAACCUAGUCUGUGACUUAUGGAUGCCCAGCCACAGAUUUUUAAUGUUAAAUCCAAAAUGUGUUAAAUCAGGGUCAGUAAACUCAAGGUUUUUACUAGACAUACAUUCAUGUACACAUAUGUAUAUGCAUAUACAUGCAUGCAAUAAGAUCACAGUAAACAGGUGAUAUCACAAUAUGCAGAACAACCACUGUGAAAAAAUAGUGAAAUUCAAAGUGCUUUUGUGACAUCUCACAUUAUCAGGGAACUAUAUGGAACUUCUCACAUUAUCAAGGAACAUAUAGUUCCUUGAUAAUGUGAGAAGUCACAAAAGCGCUUGGGAUUUCACUAUUUUUUCACAGUGGUUGUUCUGCAUAUACAUGCAUACUUACGUCAGGGUUGGCAUAAUUGUCUACGUUUUAAAAAGGUACAUCUCACCUGGGUGCUAGAUUUAAAAAGAAAAAUGCAUAUAAGUAGGCAAAAAUGAGGUUAAUUUUUUUUUACAAUAAAACAACCUGAUAGAAUAUUACUGUCAGUCCACAGAACAAAAGACAGUUGUGUUUAUUAACUAACUUGUGUUGUUUUUUUUUUUUUUUUUUUUUAGAUACGAACAGACUUCUGGUGGAAAACUUAUUUUGUCUAUACAGUUGACAGUUAUAUUAUACAGGUUUAUUUUCCAUGCUUAGGCUAUUACGUUAUUGAAAAAUUGCGGCAAAAUUUUAUAUAACGCUUAAUAAAAUUAACUUAAUACAGUUUAGCUUGUUCAGUUUGUGGGUGGGGAAGAAAUUAGGAGCGUCAUCCACGGGCUACAGGGGUAUUUACCAAGCUUCUGGAACAAAUUUAACACUGCAGAUGCCAUCAGCUAUGCUAGAAGUGCAUGGAGUGAAGGGCCCCAAUCAGCAUUAAAUGCAGGCUGAGGAAAGUUAUGUCCUGUAGCUAAUUCUUUCACUGGUUUCCCCUAGCUUGAGAGUUGAGUACAGGAAAUUGUUCAGCUGGCAAGGAGAAUACCAGGUGAUAGCUUUGAAGAUAUGAUGGAAAAAGAUGUAAAUGAGCUCUUAGAAGAUGAUAAUGAUGAAGACAGGAGUCCAGAGGAAAUGUUGGCAGAGCUCAAUGUACAGAUACAAGGGAACCAGAUAAAAGAUGAUGAAGAGCCUCCAGAAAAACAGUUAACAUUGCAGCAGUUAAUUGAGCAGUUUCAUGUUGCUGCUAAACUAGUGGACUUUUUCUCUGAAGAGGACCCUGACAAAUCUAGAAGCAGUACUUUGAAAUGGGGUCUAGACCAGCUGAUGAUGCCUCAUUGUCAGCUGCAUAUUGUAGUGCAGAGUAAAAGAGCCCAGAGAUCCAUUACUGGUCUGUCACCCCCUUUUUUUUUGAUCUCUGCCGUGAUGGUGUGUGUGUGUGUGUGUGUGCAGGCCCUAAAUUUGCCUGCUGGGACAGCUGGCCUCUUGGUUGCUUCUUGCCCAUUAUCUGCUGAGAAGUCCUUCCUCAUAAGUCAGUUCUUGUGACUAUUAUUACCAGAGGUUAUGCAGCCCUAAAGCCACCCCACUGGUUAUGCAUUCUCCACUGCACUGUGGAACCUUCUAAGGUCUUCACAACAUACAACUCAACUUUAGAUGAUGGUAUAUGUAGUUCUUUGUUGAGUAUCUUGUAUGUUUGUAGGGACAUUGCUCUUCUCCAGGUGAUUAUCACUGCUCUAAGGACAACUUCUUGAGGGUCAAUGGGCUAUACGUUGAUGAUAGCUGGCGGCGACUCAGCAUUGUCUUGUGAUGUAUUAUAGAGAUGAAGCUGCUGGGUCACUCAACUCCUGAUCUGACCAGUAUCAUAGUACUCGGCCUUCCAUUGAUACUUAUCUGCCAUGGACGCGAUGUUAGAGUCGCUCGCAAUCUUCACAUUGAGCAUGAAAGCCUUCCUGUUUUCCAAAUCACAUAUCAGUAAGUCAGGCUUUCGUGUACCAAGCACUGUUGGUAUCUGCAGCUCCUUAGCCACAGCAUGCUUCUUUACCACACAAUCUGCGGCGAUGCAUCCACCACGUUAUGUCGUCGGACCCGUUGCCCAUGGAGUCUUGGACACGCCUGCAGGUGUCCCAGGGACUCAUGUUGAUCACAACCUUCACAGGUUGUAUUUAUUGAUCUUCGUCCUCUUGCACGCCUUGUUUUAGUUGGCAUUAAAUUAUGUUUGAUCUUCAAGGCAUCAAUAUAUAUGGCCUCCUUCAUGAGGCUCGUUCCAUUCGCCAUCCAUCUAUGGACCUGCGGGACGAAAUGAUGUUCCUUCAGUCCCGCGCCAUCUACCGAACCCACUAAGACAUUGGUCCAUUCCUUAAGCUCCUGCUGUCUAAUCGUUACAACAACAUUCCUCACUUUACUUUGUCCAACAAACCUUAAUGCCUUAAGGGUGUUCGGGUGUAAGGCCAGGUACCUUAUUACGUGAUCUUCUGAAUUGUGGAAUGCAUCAAGCCUGUUCCUCCACAAUAUUGGAACCCUUGUUGACAGACAAAUAUACCCUAGAUGCCCCGCAGCUGCUGGUGCAUAAUAUACACCAAUUGCUGUAUCUUUUGGUAACUUCAGCCAUUUCUUAAACAUUUGCCUGAUCAAUUUGUCCGACGUCCUCAAGGUAGUCUGACAGACGCCACCCAGCACCAUGAUAUGUAUGAUGCCAGGAAUCAGGUGCUUAUUUAACGUAUAUAACCAUUGUUGUGGUUUUAGGGGAGCUUCGUCAAGCGUCGCAAGUUUCUCACGAAGCUUUUGGAUGUCAGGCUUUUCCCUUCCAGCUGAAGAAAAGUGCAUUCCCAAGUACUUACAUACUGCUGUUGGUUGAAGGGAAUGCACUCGGGCUUCGUAAAUUUCCAUUUUGUGCGUCAUACAUACGUACCAUUUCUUCAUUCUUGGUACCAUUUGAAGUUUUAAAGUGGCACACUUCUGUGUGUUUAUUUCUAACCCUGAUGCUUCCAACAGCCUCAAAAACAGCUGCAACUGUGCAUGAAGACCUUGUUCGGACUCAGCAACCAACACCACAUCAUCAGCAAAAGCCAAGGCAAACACCUUUGACUCAGCAUCAGCUAUUGGCCAUCCAAUCUGCUCGUUUAAAGCCAACAGCGCUUCAUUCAUUGCUAUAUUAAAGAGAAUGCAUGAGAGGGGGUCCCCUUGCUUCACCCCUCUACACACACUCCCUUCUUUUCCCAUAACCUCAGUAGAUGCAUCAGCAUAAGUUGACAUAAUACAGUGGACCCCCUGCCUUACAAUAUAAUUUCAUUCCAGAAGUAUGUUCAGGUGCCGUUACCGAACGAAUUUGUUCCCAUAAGGAAUGUUGUGAAUUAGAUUAGUCCGUUUCAGAUCCCCAAAAAUACACAUACAAAAGCACUUACAUAAAUACACUUACAUAAUUGGUCGCAUUGGAAGCUGAUCGUAAGGCGGGGGUCCACUGUAUAAUUAAUCACCAAAAGAGGUACAUUGUGUAUUUGGAAUGCCCUUCUAACCGAAGAAUGGUUUACGGAGUCAUGGGCUUUCUUCACAUUUAAAAAUAUAGUAUACAGCAGUUUUAUCUUGGUUUUGCUCUCACUAAUUUUUGCAUCCAACAACAACACAUUCUGGGCCAGGCCAUCCGUGGGUAGAAACGCUCUUUGUGCCAUGUGGAGGGGAACCCAGUUGACCCACCUCGCUGCCAGUAUUUUAUGAAACGCUCUCACAAUAAUACUAGAUAUAGUGAUGGGUCUGUAUUGACCUGGUUGGUCAGGAUGAUCCACCUUAGGCAGAAAAACAGUUCUGGCCUUUCUAAAAACCUUCGGCAAAUAUCCAAUAUAUAUCCAGAUGUUAAACAAAUCGACCCAGAAGUGUUCAGAAACAUUUUCAGAUCUUUAAGCAUCCAUCCAUCAGGACCUGGUGCAAAAGUGCCAUUGGACGCAGCUACCGCUCUCUUAAACUCAUCCACCUUGACAGGUAACUGUAGCUGCCAUAAUUGAUUUUCAACAAGUAUCUGCCUUGGUCUUACAUCCUCCUCAGAUGAUCUAGCGAACAAAUUCAACCAAAACUCCUGUAGUUGCUUUUUAGAUACAGCUUGCUGUUCAGGGGCACCCAAGUGCCGCCAACUUCCUUCCAGGACCAUCUUUGCACACUUGGACCUAUCCUUGUUAUACAGCUUCUGCAGAUCUCUAUAAACUUGUCUCCUUCUAGCUCUUUUUCCUCCCCUGUUGUUAUACUGGGGGCAUUCCUUCCUUGAUUUCCUUCUCUUUCAUUUUUAGUACGUAAUCAUAAUUUCUGCCAUUUCGUCCAAUACAUUCUGGACAGAGGCAACACAUUCAUUGUUAAAACCAAACUCCCCAUACCCAUCCCUCAUUUUCUCCACACAAAGAGUAACAAAGUGUAACAUGUUCUGUAGUUUCUGAGAUGUGUUCGCGUAUGCACACGUGUUCAAUGUAUCAAGUAGGUGCUGUGUUAGUGCAUGUACUGUUGGAACACACAAAUUGUGGGAGAUCUCAAUUCCGAAGUGUCCCUCCCUUCCCCCAAUUCCGUCGUUCUCAGCCUUCUAGUGAGGAACAUCUUGAAUCCUUUGAACACCUCCACCAACAACAACCUCAGACAUUAAUCUGUCUACUAGAGCUCUAUAGGACGCGACCUUCCGGUGACCCUUUAUUGCCUCCACCAAUCUCUUGGUGUGGGCUUCCGCCAACAACAGGUUCAUCCCCGCAGGGACACCUUGACCGAAUUUCCUGGCCUCUCUCAAGAUCUUCACCUCAGCCAUAGCCAACACAUACUCUUCCUCCUUAGACCAUCUGGUCCUCACAUGGGCAACUGCCCCCUCCACAUCCCUAUGAUAUUCAUUGGGAUGCUUACUCCUCUUAUGGAUGGACAACCUAUUCCUGGUUCUACAAACCAUACAAUACUUAAGACAUCGAAAUGGAGCUCCAUUGCCAACAGCUACCAUCACUAGAUAAGGACCACUCAACAGAAGUAGGGUUUUGCCGUGCACAGAACUUGAGUGAGACUUGCUCACUUGUAUGACAACCCGUAAAAGCUAAAUUCACAUAAAAAGGCUUUGCAUGUGGCAGAAUGUGCAGUUUUAGCCUCAGGCUGACUGAUCACCUGCGUUACCAACUCUCACCUGGAAUAUAUCCGGAAGUACUGCACGAGGAUCUUAACCCCUUGACUGUCGCAACCCCAAAUCUUGAGGUGUCUCCUGGUGUCGAAAAAUUUCCAAAAAUAAUUUUUUUUUCUUAUGAAAUGAUAGAGAAUCUUUUCCCGAUUGUAUUGACACCAAAAGAACGAAAUUUGAUGGAAAACUGACUGAAUUACGCUCUCGUGAAGUUAGCGACCUCGGCGAUAUUGACGAAUUGGCGAUUUUGCCCACUUUGAGCCCUAUUUUUGGCUAAAUCCAUUGUUCCAGUCGAUCAAACUCAUAGCUAUUUCUUUAGGACUCCAUUUGUUCUAUCAAUUGAGUACAGGAAACUGCCCAUUUUCCAAUUUCAACUACCCAAUAACGUGGUCAGAAAUUUGCAAUUUGGCCAAUUUCACGAAAAUUAAAAAAUAUGACCAUUUCAAAAUAGGGUCCAGAAUGAACAAUGCAGACAUUCCUGGCUCUAAAAUAACAUUUUCUUUGUUCACCAGUCACGUCUCCACGCCCCUCUGAUAUUACUCUUGCUUUCUAUUUUGAAUUGUUUAUUCAAACAAAAAAUUGAAGAUUUACUGUUAUGCAGACUAAUGCAAUAUUGUAAUAAUUGUAUAAAUAAUGUCAACCCAUUCAUGACUGCAUAUUAGAAUGGCUAGUUGGACAUUUAUUGGACAAUGACAUCAUUUGUUUACUUUUGAACAUCGGCAAAAAUCAAACAUUUCCCCUACUUUGAGCUCCAUUUCAAGGUUCUUUUCAUAGUAAAACCAAUCAAAAUCACCUCUAUUUCUAUAAUAUGUUCUCCAUUCUAUCAAAUGAGACCAAGAAUACAACCAUAAAUACUACACGAAAAUUGACCACAAAGUCGGCAUUUUAAAUAAAAAAAAAGGUUGGAGUUUUUUUUUUCUCAUUAUGCACUGUGUGCUGCAGGAUUUUUUUUUUAUAUGGUUGAUUGGGGAGUUUCUUGUGCUCAAACAAUGGAAGUAACACUAGCGAAAUAUCUAAGAAUUGGGUCGACUGGAAUUGACCUAAAAUAGGAGUCAAAGUGGGCAGUAUCACCGAUUCGUAAAUAUUGCUGAUGUAGUGAAAUUUGCGAAGGUGUAAAUUUUGCCAUUUUCCAACAAAUUUUGUACUUUUUGUUUUAUUACCUUCAGUAAAAGAUUCUCUACCAUUUCAUAAGAAAAAAUAAUUUUUUUUUUAAAAUUCUUGGACCCUGUAGACUUGGAUCCUCAAAGGGUUAAGAAACCUGCUUAACUGAGUAAUUUUUUUUAAAGCCAAUUAUGGAAAAAUGUGUUGCUCAUUAUUGUGCCAAUCCUAAUGUAAAUAUUCACAUACACAUAUUCAUACAUCUAUACACAUAUAUGCAUAUACUCAUGUAUGUACAAGAGGGCCCUGUUUCUAUGGCUGUUAUGUUCCCGACGAUAAGUGAAAUUCACCGACAAUUGUAAUUUUUUUUUAUGUUGAAUGCAUCUUGAAACACCUGAUAUGUUUACAUUAUCAUAUAUUAAGUGCUCAGUACAGCUAGCCAUAAAAAAAAAAGGUACAAAAGUAAAA